CACACACUUGGAAUCUCGCCUUACAACUGGGACUUUCGGGAAGGGAGGCGGGGUUCUCUGCAUGCACCCCAGUGGACACUGGCAGCCUCCAGGCCUGCAGCGAGAAUGGGACCUCUGUAUGCACGUGUACUUUUCUCUGCAUGGGUGUAAUUAUGUGUUUGAGGACUCUGAACACAUAUGUACAUGACCCUUCUGUGACCACGACUGUGCCUGAUCCCUGUAUCAGUGGUUAGUGUGCGUGUCCCUAUGCAUGCAUGUGUGUGUGCAGUCGUUUGUGUGUACCCACAUAUGCGGGUUUAUAACUCAUUAGCCUCUUAAGUUCUGUGACCUGUAAACAGAUGGGUGUGUGAGUACGUCUUUACAUGUGAAUACGUAUGACCACAGCCCUGUGUGAACACACAUGCAAAAACCUCCCUGAGUGUGCCCUGCUGUGGACACACACUCACAGCCCUCCUUGUGAACGUGUGUGCACACCCAUGUGUGUGCUAUCACCUUUCUCUGAACCCACGCGCGUCUUAGGGUAGGCCAGUGCAAGUGUGCCAGGCACCGUGCUGAGUGGCCCCUCGGCCUGGGGCGUGUUCCUCCCGCCCAGUCCUGGAGACCGAUCCCUCCUAGCCAUAAGGCUCUCCCUCUUCUGUGCUGAGCAAAUAGGAGGCCCAAAAGCAAACAGGUGUGCACCACAGCGAGGGGCGGGGCGGGGCAGCUUGCCUGGAGCCUCUACCGCCCGCCCCCACCGCAGACAGGAGACAGGAGCUGGCGUUCUCCCUGUGGUCCAGACCCUCCUCUCUCCCCACCCCCGGGCUCUGCCCACUGCGUCUCUUGAGCUAGUACUCCAAAUUCCUGUUGUCCCUCCAGCCAGCUCGUGAUCCCUCCCCACUCUCCAAGGCCAGAUAGUUAAUAUUUGACCUGGAAGGGAGAGGGGACACCAGUGGCACCCUUUGGCCCUGCCUGUGGGUGUCUGAUGGGACGAGUAGGUCUGGCCUCCCCCAUGCCUUGCUCAGCCUAUGAAGCCCUCGGGAGCUCCCUCAGAGAGCAGGAGAAAACAGACCUCGGAGAACCAGGACGUGCUCUGCUGUCGGGGGCAGGGUGACCCCAUCCGUGACCCACAACCCCUCCAUGACUACACAACUCUCUCUCACCAUGGAGUAUGCAUUUGAUGCAGAAAGCCUUGUGAUCUGCCCCUCCCUCUGAUCUCUCAGCUGUGAUUCCAUGGCCAUACAGCCCUGUGACUCCAUGUCUCCCCGGUUCCAGGACCCCCCCUGGCCCCAUGACUCCUUGACCCCCACGGCCUUAUGACCCCUAACAUUCCAAGUGACCUCCUUGGACUCUGACCCCUGUGAGUGUUUGUCCUAUCGCCCCCUGUGAUUCUGGUCCUGGCUCGUCUUAGGGGUCUUGUUGGUCUGGGCCUCCCCAAGAAGAUGUGGGGUAGGCUCUUGCCUCUCCUCCUGAGCUUCUUCACAGCAAUUGCAGUCCCCGGACCCUCGCUGCGGAGACCAUCACGAGAACUAGAUGCCACCCCUCGGAUGACUAUCCCCUACGAAGAGCUCUCCGGGACCAGGCACUUCAGAGGCCAAGCCCAGAACUACUCGACACUGCUGCUGGAGGAGGCCUCAGCAAGGCUGCUGGUGGGAGCCCGCGGCGCCCUGUUCUCGCUCAGUGCCCGUGACAUAGGAGACGGGGCUCACAAAGAGAUCCACUGGGAGGCCUCCCCUGAGAUGCAAAGCAAAUGUCAUCAGAAAGGGAAGAACAACCAGACAGAGUGCUUCAAUCACGUGCGGUUCCUCCAGCGGCUCAACGCCACCCACCUCUACGCAUGUGGGACUCAUGCCUUCCAGCCCCUCUGCGCCGCCAUCGAUGCAGAGACCUUCACCCUGCCCACCAGCUUUGAGGAGGGGAAGGAGAAGUGUCCUUAUGACCCAGCCCGCGGCUUCACAGGCCUCAUCAUUGACGGAGGCCUCUACACAGCUACUCGGUACGAGUUCCGGAGCAUUCCUGACAUCCGCCGGAGCCGCCACCCGCACUCCCUGAGGACUGAGGAGGCGCCCAUGCACUGGCUCAAUGACGCUGAGUUUGUGUUCUCCGUCCUGGUGCGGGAGAGCAAGGCCAGCGCCGGGGGUGACGACGACAAGGUCUACUACUUCUUCACCGAGCGUGCCGCGGAGGAGGGCGCCGGCAGCUUCCCACAGAGCCGGAACAGCCACCGCGUGGCCCGGGUGGCCCGUGUCUGCAAGGGAGACCUGGGAGGGAAGAAGAUCCUGCAGAAGAAAUGGACGUCCUUCUUGAAGGCUCGCCUCAUUUGCCACAUUCCGCAGUACGAGACGCUGCGUGGGGUCUGCAGCCUGGACGCUGACGGCCCAGCCCGCACGCACUUCUACGCCGCCUUCACGCUGACCACGCAAUGGAAGACCCUGGAGGCCUCGGCCAUCUGCCGCUAUGACCUGGCUGAGGUGCAGGCUGUCUUCGCAGGUCCCUACAUGGAGUAUCAGGAUGGAGCCCGGCGCUGGGGCCGCUAUGAGGGCGGGGUGCCCGAGCCCCGACCUGGCUCGUGCAUCACAGACUCACUGCGCAGCCGAGGCUACAACUCAUCCCAGGACUUGCCUUCCCUGGUCCUGGACUUUGUGAAGCUGCACCCCCUGAUGGCUCGGCCUGUGGUGCCCACACGCGGCCGGCCCCUGCUGCUCAAGCGCAAUGUGCGCUACACACACCUCACGGGGACACCUGUCACCACCCCUGCCGGACCCACCUAUGACCUGCUCUUCCUGGGCACAGCUGAUGGCUGGAUCCACAAGGCUGUGGUCCUGGGCUCUGGGAUGCACAUUAUCGAAGAGAUGCAAGUGUUCAGGGAGCCCCAGUCUGUGGAGAACCUGGUCGUCUCUCCGAUGCAGCACAGCCUGUAUGUCGGGGCCACCAGUGGAGUCAUCCAGCUACCGCUGUCCAGCUGCUCCCGCUACCGCUCCUGCUAUGACUGCAUCCUGGCCCGGGACCCCUACUGUGGCUGGAACCCCAGCACCCACGCCUGCAUAGCAACCACCACCCAAGCCAACAGAACCACACUGAUACAGGAUGUAGAGAGAGGAAAUCGAGGCUGUGAGAGCAGCAGGGGCACAGGGCCACCACCACCACUGAAGACCCGCUCUGUGCUGCGGGGUGACGACGUCCUCCUGCCCUGUGACCAGCCAUCCAACCUGGCCCGGGCCUUGUGGCUACUCAAUGGGAGCAUGGGCCUGAGUGACGGGCAGGAUGGCUACCGCGUGGGCGUGGAUGGGCUGCUGGUGACAGACACACAGCCUGAGCACAGCGGCAACUAUGGCUGCUAUGCCGAGGAGAACGGCCUCCGCAUCCUGCUGGCCGCCUACAGCCUCACGGUCCGGCCAGCCACUCCCGCCCCGGCUCCGCCCGGCGGAAAUACUCCCUGGGCCGGGCUGGCCGGGCAGGGGGCUCUGCCGUGCAGCUGCAGACGGUCUCAGGCCAGUGCCCUGGGGAAGAAGAGGAGGGUGACGACGGGGAGGGAACUGGGGGCCUGGAGGGCAGCUGCCUCCAGAGCACACCUGGAGAG